AUGAAGGUGCCACCUUUAAACUGCAAAUCCUCUCUUUGUAAUAUUUUGAUGAAGGAAGGCCAAGCACAUAUAAUAGAAUUUUUUUCCAACAGAUUUUACUGUGAUCUUUGCCAGAUAAGCACAACAUCCCAAGAGCACCUCGAUUCUCACUAUGCUGGUGCCAAACAUAGAAAAGCUCUUGUAAAUGCAGCAAGAGCUGGGAUAAAAACUGAUGUAUCCGUCAUUCCUCCUCCAGUGGAACCCACUGAAUCAAUUCUUGCCAGUGUUAUUGGUCACAAUGAAGGAGGCCAGAGACUUCGCGGUGCUGUUUCAAGUGACUUAUCCAUAUACCGAACUCCUUCUGGUCAGUUCUAUUGCCAUCCUUGUAAUACUACUGUGAACUCGGAGAAAUCAUUCAAGGAGCACACUGAAAGCAAGCGCCAUAAGUUUAAGGUGGCCUCAUCCAAGCGUUCUUAA